CAACAGAAAAGAGAGGUGAUGAGCAUAGUUUUUUGUGGUACAAGGCGACGGGCAUGGCUUCAGAGGUAGGGGAAAGAGCCAACCAGCAAGACUGGCAGGAGCUGCAUCUCCACAUGACCUGUCCUACCUAGGGCUCCCCUCUCCUCCACCCACACUUCACUCUAUAAAGCAUCCCAUACCUUCCACAGCUUAAGCACCUUCAAUUCACUACUACUAGUUAAACAAUACUAGCUAGUGUUAUCAUGGCCAUGGACUCCUCCAAGCUCUCAGCUCUUCUCCUUCUCAUGCUGUUCAUCUCUUCCACCCCCAUAGCAUUGGCAUGUCGCAAUUGCCCUACUCCCCCUACUCCCAAAACUCCCGAGACUCCCAAAGGACCCAUCACCAUUCCUCCGAUCAUCGGCAAACCACCUAUAACUCUCCCUCCGAUCAUCGGCAAACCACCUAUAACUCUCCCUCCGAUCAUUGGCAAACCGCCUAUAACUCUCCCUCCGCUCAUCCCCCCGAUCAUCGGUAUGGCGCCCCCGACCGUCGGUACGCCACCGCCGGCCAACAAGCCAGGCUGUGUGCCGCCGCCACCUGCAGCGACGACCUGCCCGAUCGAUGCGCUGAAGUUCGGUGCGUGUGCAGACAUUCUUGGCUCAACGGUGCACAUUGGUGACUCUGCAGUGGAGUGCUGCUCACAGCUUGGAGGCCUUCCAGGAGUUCAAGCUGCAGCAUGUCUGUGCACCACAAUAAAAGCUAAGCUGCUGGACAUGAACAUCUACCUUCCUAUCGCACUCGAACUCCUUGUCACCUGCGGAAACUCCGCCCCUCCUGCAGGUUACACUUGCCCAAAAUAUUAAACACACCGCCUGGAGUCAUCUUAAUGAGAACCAAAAGGGGUUCAAACUGGUGGAUGGGUGAUGAGACAUGAGAGGAUGUCCGAGCCAACGAUCUCUUCUUUUGUUUUUCUUCGUUGUAUAUUUUGUAUUGUUUUUGUUCAAUUGUUCAUGGUGGUGUCUUCAAUUGUUCAUGAUGAUGUCUUUAAUUAUUGGAAUGGAACUUUUCCCUUCUCCAAUCUUCUUUUAUGGUGUAUUUCUGUGUCCCAAUAAAUAAACAGCUCAUGUAGCUUUCUUUUGUUUU